AUGUAUCAUUUUAUCAAUGAUUUGGUGCCAGGGGACCAACCUCCUAAAAACUUGCAAUUGUAUUUCUUUGAUACUGACCAUGAGGUUGAGAAUAGAAUCAAAGGGGCAGAACGAAUGGAUGCAAGUGUUGUUGAAAACCUUAUUGACGUACUUAGAAGCAAUCCGUAUUCACAGUUCUUCAGAAAUCUCAAAGAUAUAUCAAGUCUUGAUGAUUAUAAUAUUCUGAUUCGUUCAAAUGCAAGUCUAGAUCAACGUGUUUACAACAUGCCUACCUCUUCUCAAGUUGCAGCAAUUUGGGUAGAUGAACAAGAUGGUAGUGGUCAGAACAAUCGUGAUAUUAGAGUUUUUGCAAAAACUGGCCAAUCACAUUCUGUGAAAUACUAUUACGGUUGUUAUGAUCCCUUGCAAUAUCCCCUGUUGUUCCCCUACGGAGAGAGUGGUUGGCACGAGGGAAUAUCUAAGGUUCCUAAAUCUUAUCAAAAUAAUUAUUCUAUUUGUGAAGGUAUUCUCCAGCCUCGGGGGUUUUCUUCAAUACAAGCUUUGUUAAACAAAGAGAACGAAAACUUUGUUGGUCAGAGCAAGCGGAACACUGUUUCAUGCAGAGAAUAUUAUGCUUAUCGUUUUCAAAUUCGACCAAACGAUCAAUCUAUGCUCCUACAUUCAGGAAAACUCUUUCAACAAUUCAUUGUUGACACCUAUAUCAAAAUUGAGACACAAAGAUUGGACUAUUUUCGAACACAGCAGCGUGAUGUUCGAAUAGAAAGUAUGCAAGGAUUAGCGGAUAGCAUUGCAUGUGGGGAAACAAAUGCAUCAAAUGUGGGACGCAGAGUAAUUUUACCGGUAUCUUUCAUUGGAGGCCCACGAGAUAUGCGUAAAAGAUAUAUGAAUGCUAUGACAUUGGUUCAACGGUAUGGUAAGCCAGAUAUUUUUUUGACAAUGACGUGUAACCCAAAUUGGCCUGAGAUUAAAAAUUCGCUUCAAUAUUGUGAUGAAUCUCAAAAUAGGCCUGAUUUGAUUUCAAGAGUGUUUCGUGCUAAGUUGGAAGAAUUGAAAGUUGACCUCCUAAAGAAAAAACUUUUUGGAGUGGUGAUAGCAUACACUUAUGUGAUUGAAUUCCAAAAGCGUGGCCUCCCACAUGCUCAUUUCUUAUUAAUCUUAGGGAAAACCCACAAAUUUUACUCGGGUAGGGAUGUUGAUGCAAUUGUUAGUGCAGAAAUACCUGACGCAGUUCAAAACCCUUCUUUGCACUCUUUAGUGGCAAAACACAUGAUACAUGGACCGUGUGGUCCUCUGAAUCCUCAAAAUCCAUGUAUGGUUGAAAAUUCCGGUGUUUCACUUUGCAAAAGUAAAUAUCCCAAGAGAUUUUCUGAUGCAACAGUUUUGGGAGAGAAUUCAUAUCCUACUUAUAAGCGCAGGGACAAUUCAAGGUUUGUUACCGUUCAUGGCCACCAAUUGGACAACAAAUGGGUGAUACCAUAUAACUCAUAUUUGUUAUCUAAAUUUGAUUGUCAUAUCAAUGUUGAAGUUUGUGCAACUAUUAAGUGCGUAAAGUACAUAUACAAGUAUAUAUAUAAAGGUCAUGAUAGAGUUGCAUUUAAUUUAUCUUCUGGAGAAGAGAUCAUUGACUUUGAUGAAAUAAAAGAAUACCAAAAUGCAAGAUGGGUAUCACCUCCUGAAGCUGCAUGGAGAAUAUAUGGGUUUAGCCUUGCUGAAAUAAAACCAUGCGUAGUAGACUUGCAGAUUCAUUUGGAGAACUACCAGUACAUGAGGUUUGAUGGAAAACAAGCUUUGAGUGAUCUUGUGGAUAAUCAACUUAGCUCAAAGACGAUGUUAACACAAUUUUUUUUCAUGAAUACGACUAAUGAAACAGCUAAGAGAUUGAACUUAUUGUAUGCUGAGUUUCCUGAGUACUUUGUUUGGUCAAACAAAGAUAAACACUGGUAUCCAAGGCAAAGAGGGGAAGUUGUAGGGCGGCUGGUAAGUGUUAAUCCCAUUGAAGGAGAGAGAUAUUAUUUGAGAAUGUUGUUGAUGAAUGUCAGGGCACCAAAAUCAUAUGAACACUUAAAAAUGGUUGGUGAAUCUAUGACUACAACUUUUAGAGAAGCGGCAGAGAAAUUGGGAUUGUUGCAGAGUGAUCGGGUGAUAGAUCAAUGUCUGUAG